AUGGAUGAUCAUAACCAUGAUGAAGACAGUAUAAUAAAUACCGAUAACUCAGUUUCUACAUUAGUUAUAUCAGAAACAUCAGAAUUAAUUACUGAUGAAUUGACUAAUUCACAAAGAUAUAGAUCUCCUGUCUGGAAGCAUUUUUCUUUAUUAGAAAAUAAAAAAAAGCUAAUUUAUCAAAAAUCGGCAUCUAAUAGUGAUUCAUCAAGUCUACCAGAAGGUCAAACACAAUUAGAUCUUAGUUUAUUCGUAAAACGACCUUUGAAAAUUUCAAAGAAACCGGGUUUUCGAAAAUUUCUUAAUGGAGUGUUGCCUAAUUUUGACAUCAGUGCUAAUACAGUAAAGCGAGAUAUUAUGAAUUCCUAUG